CUUUCUGGAAUACCCCCCAGUUUCACUAAUCUACCCAUUGUUAUGUUGAUGAAAUGCGCUUCCUCACAGUCACAGCGCCUCUAUGCGGAUAGAUAUUUCAGUUUUACGUGUGAGUGAAGGAGAGCACUGCUCCUCUGUCAAUACACGCUAUGGCCUCUCUCAGUGAUCAGCUGGAGGAGCUGAGGGUGAAUGUGGAAGUCAGCUUGUCUACUCCAGGUUCUGCCCAGGAGAUGAGGGCAGGGGUGACAGCCAUGGCCAACAUCCCCCUCCCACCCUCCAGCAAAUACCGCUACAUCGCUGCUGAAAGCAUGUUGACGGAGAACAGUAAUGGAAAUAAUAAAAAGGAGUCCCUCAGCCUCUUGCAGAAGCUUUCCACCGCUCUUAACAUCUUGGAGAAGUAUGGCUCCAAUCUUACCAACCCCAACAGGCCGAAGUACUGGCGUACAGUAAAGUACAACAAUCCUGUCUUCAGGACCACUGUAGAUUCUAUUCAGGGUGGCAGAGCAGUACUCAACCUUUAUGGCUACACCGAUCAGCAGCAAGAUGGCUUGAGCUUUCCUGAUGAUGUUGUCCAGCCAGAUGUUGGGAAGGUGGCAUCAGUGACUCUUGAGGUCAUGUGUCUCCGUAUGGAGCUGGACAUGCUAAUCAAGGGUACCCAUCCUUAUCCAGAGUUUUUUGAAAGACUUAUUCCCUCCCUCAGAGUGCUGGAUGAGGGAAUCAGCACAGAUGCAGUUACCUUCUCUCCUAGUGAAAGUCCAUGGGAAAAACAAACUCCCUCGCCUGCAUUGACUCCUCUUGAACCUAAAUCUCCAUUCAGUCCAGCCCACUCUCUCUCUUCUCAAGUGCCCUCUAAUCAAACAGAGAUCUGCACCAUAUGUGGUAUAUUUCCGGUGUCUGCUCACUGUCCCACCUGUACUCAGCGGCUGUGCUUAGAAUGUGACAGGCUUUAUCACUCCCAUUCAGGGCGUUCCACGCACAUUAGGAUUCCUGUGACUUCCUCAAAAGCCACAAAACGGCUCAGCUCAUCGCUGUCAACAUGGCAGUGUUCAUACUGCACUACAGUAAAUACGGUUCAGCAGGUUUUGUGUGAAACCUGUGAUCGACCCCGCUUGUCCUCUGCUGCGCCAUCUCUACAGGAAGAGCCAUCUCAGCCCUCUACAAUAUCUGAAUGGCAAUGUAAAAGCUGCACUGUGGUGAAUGCAGGCAGCAGCAUUCUGUGCGAGGUGUGUGAGCGCCCUCGUCUUGCCACCAGACCCCCUGUCACACCCUCACGUCCGACCCCCUCCUCUGCAGGACUCAUGGACAGCCAGUGGGUUUGCCAGUUUUGUACGUAUGUCAACCACACACUAUCACCUGUAUGCGAAAUGUGUUGUCUGUCGAGGUCAGAGCCUGCUCUGUCACUCCCUAAGCCCCUUCCACUCUCACCAGUCAAGGACAUCACACCGCUUCCAGCGCCACCUAAAGUCAUUCCCACUGAGGACCCUGAUUUCAAAAGGCAAAGACUGAUGAGGGAGGAAGGGCUUAAACUUAUUCAGAUCAUUCGUGAGGGAGAGAAGAAAGGAGUGAGCCCAGAGGAGGUUUACACCAGCAUGUGUGUAUCAGGAAACAGUAAUGUAACACCGUAUGAUUGGCUGAAAGCCGAGCUACCUCAUGUGCUUGAUGAGAUCUGUGUGAUGGCGGCAUCCUAUCAGCAAGAACCCAACACACAAUCAAACUGUUUAGGGGGGGACAAUGGCCAGGAUGGACAAAAGAGCAAUGCAGUGCCCCUGUCCAGAGCAGAAGCUAAACGGGCCUGGCUGGCAGCAGGGGGCGACAAUGAGAAGGCUGUCAGACAGGCUCUCAGAGCCCGAAGAGUUAAAGUAAAAGAGCUUGGCUCUCUGGGCUUUAAUGAUGUGACCCGCUGUGAAGAAGCCCUGCGGCAGAGUGGAGGGGAUGUGAGGGGGGCUCUUGCUCUGCUGCAGCGCCCUUUACUGGAGCCAUUCCAUCAGCGCAUGUGGAGUGACGAACCAGAGCCCCCCAUUGACAUCAACCAUCCUGAUAAACAGCAUGUUUGCCGUAGGCUGCUAGCAAUGUUUGACCUGCCCAGCUGGGGGCGCUGUGAGCUGGUUCUGUCUUUGCUGCGGGACCCCACAGCCACAUACACACUGGAGGAUGUGGUUCAGGCAGUGCGUGAAUCACCUGACCGGGACUUCAUUCGCCGUGUGCUGAAUAAGGAAUGCCCCAUCUGUCUGUCAGUUUUUCCCCACAGCAAGAUGCGGUCUCUGACAUCGUGCCAGUGUUCCGUGUGCUGUGGAUGUUUCAAGCAGCAUUUCACCAUAGCGGUGAGGGACAAGCACAUCAGAGACAUGGUGUGUCCUGUCUGCACAGAGCCUGACAUCAACAACCCUGAGCACCUGAAUAGCUACUUCUCCACUCUGGACAUACAGCUCAGGGAUUGUCUUGAGCCGGAUGUGUACGAUCUUUUCCACAAGAAGCUGACUGAGCAGGCUCUCAUCAAGGACCCAAAGUUCCUGUGGUGCAGCCAUUGUUCAUAUGGCUUCAUCUAUGACGGCGAUCAACUCAAGGUCACCUGUAUGCAGUGCAGGAAAAGCUUCUGUGCGCAGUGCAAAAAACCGUGGGAGCCGCAGCACAUGGGGCUCUCGUGCGAGCAGUUCCAGCUGUGGAAGCGAGAGAAUGACCCCGAGUACCAGAGGCAGGGCUUGGCAGGAUACCUGCGUGACAAUGGGAUCACUUGCCCUAACUGCAGGUUCCAGUAUGCCCUGGCCAGGGGUGGAUGUAUGCACUUCAGUUGUUCCCAGUGCAGGUAUCAGUUCUGCAGUGGAUGCAACAACCCCUUCCACACAACGUGUGCAGUGAACCAGUGUACUGUGACAGGUCUGCAUGCCCAUCACCCCAGAGACUGCCUCUUCUACCUCCGAGACUGGGAGCCUGCCAGGCUUCAGGCCUUACUGCAGAAAAAGGGGGUGAACUACAAUACUGACACUGCACCAGGAGCACAGACUGGUGUGUGUGGAGUGAUCGAGCAGAAAGAUGAAGGGCCUCGUCCGACUGAUUCGCCGUGUGGGGCUCAAACUCAGCCAGCCCAGGCAGGACUCUGCGAGAAGCAUUAUCGAGAGUAUCUGGUCAGCCUCAUUAAUGGGCAUUCUAUUGACCCCGCCCACCUUUACACUCUUGAUGAGCUGACUGUGGCCUGCAGGAGAUACCACGUGGAUGUCAGACAGGGGGACGGAGAAGACGAGAGAGCAUACUUUGCCAGACUGCUUAAGAAACUCAUGGAUGACGUGCCUCUGGGUGACAAGGUCCUUCGCAAGAAAUGAAAACUUUUUUUUACCAUGAACAUUUAACAUCUGGACUAUUUUAAAUAUAGCUUCUUUAUGCUAUGAGCUGCAAGGCCAAAGGAAUGUUAAACACAGUGCUUCCCUGCUCUCAGUGUGAUGUAGUUUCACACAUUUGCACAAUGAACACACUGGUGAGUUUUCUUUUUUUAAUCAAAAGUUUUGUGAUUGGAAAUUGUUCCUUUCAAUCAAAUUUGAUUUUAAUCAACUUCAGAUAGCUGAUCUAACAAAACAAGAAACACUUGUUCUGUGAAUGCAUAUACACAUUUGAUUUUAUUUUGUCAUUUUAAAUUUAAGCAUCAAAAUUGUAAAACAACUGCAUUUUAAAUGGUUUUAAUGGGUGAACCCUUCAGCUGAUUCUUAACUGUUCAUUAGCUCUACUUUAAGCUGUUCAUUAGCAGAGUUUAUUCAAUCAGUUAAUUACAAAACUAAAUCUUCAGAUUGAUAGGUGUCAAAUGUCUUACAAAGUUAUAAUGGCAUGUUUUGAAUGUGGGUCUAUAUGUAGAUAUAUAUAUAUAUAUAUAUAUAUAUAUAUAUAUAUAUAUAUAUAUAUAUAUAUAUGAUUAAACAUAAUUUAUAAAAUGAUGAAUUUAGUGACUGUGUUUCAAAGAGAGCAAAAUAGUCAAUAACUCCUAAAAAGAUGAAGCAGUAAAACCACCAGUCAUGCUGACAUCAUUCGAUCAACAUCUCAAAGACGUUCUUUAUUACUUUUCCAUCCAGUCACAUCAAAGUUAUCUCUGAGAUCAUAGCCCUUAACAUUUUUGCUCAUCUCUGUAUAAGUCAUAAAGCCAUUUACAGUGGGGUUGUAGUCAGGGAAACCACUGAUCAGUUGCUGUUUUUCGUCAGAGGACAUUUGUGCAGCCAGAUAUUCCUGAAUAUAUGAAUUAUGGGUUGUUUUAAGCAAAAAUUAUAUGCACACGUACUGAGAAAAUACUGAGAAAAUCAAUUAUAUUUAAAGAGGUCAUUAUUUUUAACAAUAAGAAUUGCAUGCACUGUAAAGUUGUAAGAUGCUGAUUGGUCGCAUGUAGUAGUUGAAUUCAUUGCCCCCCCUUAAAUCUGACAUAUCACUUUACCAUAGGGCUGGACGAUUGUGGCCUAAAAUCAAAACCUUGAUAAAUUGAACAUUUUACCUCAAUUAUAAAUAAUGAAUGAUUAUUUUGUUUCAGGUUUUUUUUUUUUUUUUGGCCUCAUAGUUCACUGACAAGGUUUGUACUGUAAAUAUGAUUGACUAUUAAAGGUGAGAUAUUUUUUCCUAUUGAAAGAGUGAUCUGACAUCAUAGCUCACUAUCAGCAGUUAUUUUAUCUAUGUUUGUAACAUUUCUUACAAAUUAUUGCUCGGUGUAAGAGAUAAAUGAUCAGAUAAAGAUAAUUUAGCACAGUACCAGUAGGAGUGAUUGCGUGUGUGAAUUAGUCAUACCAUCUAUAUAUUAUUGUGAAGCUGUGGGUUGUAAAUAGCCUAGCUCCUUCAAAAGUAGAAAAAUAUAAUAAGUUUUGAGAUUCUAAGCUACUUUAGUGAUAAAUCACAGGACAGCGCUGACAACUAGUUUCUGCAUUCCUCGUGUGCACGAUCUUCACAUCUACUGUUUAUAUGAGUGUUCGUGCAACAAUGCAGCUGCGCGAACAUAGUAGCUUGAUAUAAUAAUACACACCCGAUCGCGCGCCAUCACUAUGUAUUGAAUGUGUUUUGCUUUUAUGGGGCAGAGUCAAGUUGCUACACACACGGUAGUAUUAUUUUACUAAGUAUGUACUGUUUAAGUAUUAACAGGAUUUAAAAAACAAAAUAACCGACACGUUGGUUAGAGGUUCUGAAUUUCGAUUUCAAUUACUUUUCGAUUAAUCGUCCAGCCCUACUUUACCUAUAUAAUAACUAAUACUCUGUUUAGCUUAUGUUCACCAAUGUAGCUCUUCAAGAAGCACACUUAACUGAUCAGCUGUGAAAUAUUGAGUUUCCUAUCAGGAUAUAGGAUAUCCGAUCAGCCACUUAUCCUGCCCUAAUGAGGCCAGUUUGCUGCACAACAAGGGAUAAGCUUAUGCUACAGAGGAGCCUUAUGCUACAGACUUCCAUUCACUCCCCGCUUCAUUUGAUCUCAAAUGGCAUACCACUAUAAGUACACAUAAAUCAGGCAACCAUCUUGACUUAAUUUACACACGCAACUGUAUUGCAGACAACUUUCUGGUAAAACCCCUACAUAUCGCUGUCCAUUUCUUCAUUACAUUUAGACUACAUUUUCCUACCUGUGUGCCCCCACCCCCCAUACCAGUUACUUUUAGAUGAAACCUUCACUGCCUUUCCCACUCCCAUCUUUCCUCCAUAGUAUCCUCCUCUCUUCCCUCACCUACCCAUUUCUUAUCUCUGGAUGUGAAUGCAGCAACUGACACUUUAUACUCUACUUUAACCUCUUGUCUAGACAACAUUUGUCCUCUCACAUCCAGGCCAUCACAGGCUGCCCCUUCUAACCCCUGGUUAUCCGAUGUUCUUCGUGAUCACCGGACCAAACUCCGGGCAGCAGAGAGACACGCGUGAUCUCUUCAGAACAUUAAAUUCCCUCUUCUGUCCCCCUCCACCCCACCUCCCACCACUUCUAACAAUUGAUGAUUUCGCCACAUUCUUCAUAGAAAAAAACUGAAUGAUAAGUAGUCAGUUCUCAGCCCCACACACACAGGACUUCAAACCAACCACACCCACUGCUAAAACUCCCAUCUUCUCCUUCUGUCCCCUCACUGAAGCAAAAAUAUCAAAACUUCUCCUGCAGCUAUCCUACAACAUGCUCUCUAAUCCCAAUCCCGUCACACGUCCUCCAAGCAAUCUCUCCUACACUUUUACCAGCACUCAAACACAUCAUCAACACAUCUCUCCUCACAGGCACCUUCCCCACUGCAUUCAAGCAGGCUCGGGUAACCCCACUGCUCCAAAAACCUACAUUAAACACUCCUCUUCCAGAUAGCUACAGACCUGUCUCUCUCAUUCCAUUCAUAGCAAAAACCCUCGAAAGAGUUGUUUCCAACCAGAUAUCAUUGUUUCUUUCACAGAACAACAAACUAGAUGCUAACAAGUCAAGUUUCAGGAGUGGCCAUUCAAUGGAGACUGCGCUGGUGUCAGUCACAGAAGUCCUGCGGAUUGCAAAAGCUGAUUCCAAUCAUCAGUUCUUAUUCUGCUGGAUCUAUCUGCUGCUUUUGACACUGUCAAUCUUCAGAUCCUUCUGUCUGCCCUCUCAUAACUGGGCAUCACAGGAAUUCCAUUUCGCUGGUUUGAAUCCUAUUUUACUGAUAGGUCAUUCAAAGUGACUUGGGGAGGGGAGGUAUCCAAAGCACAUCAACUUGUCACUGGUGUUCCUCAGGUCAGUUCUUGGACACCUCCUCUUCAUAGUAUACACAACAUCACUGGGUCCCAUCAUACAGGCCCAUGGAUUCUCCUACCAUUGCUACGCUGAUGACACAGCUCUAUCUUUCAUUUCAAACAGAUAAUCCAAUGGUAGCUGCAUGAAUCUCAGGCUGCCUGGCAUACAUCUCGGCAUAGGUGAAAGAAUAUCAUUACAGCUCAACCUUGGAAAGACUGAGCUUCUUGUCUUCACUGCCACUCCAACUCUACAGCAUGAUUUCUCCAUCCAGCUAGGCUCUUCUACAAUUUCCCCAUCAACUUCUGUCAGAAAUCUUGGUGCAACCUUUGAUGACCAGCUGACCUUCAAAGACCACAUUGCAAAGACUGCUUGAUCUUGCAGGUUUGCAUUGCACAACCAUCAGAAAGAUCAGGACCUUUCUAACGGCGCAUGCUGCACAACAACUUGUUCAGGCCCUUGUCAUUUCUAGACUGGACUACUGCAAUGCUCUUCGGGCUGGACUUCCAUCAAGCACAAUCAAACCUCUACAAAUGAUUUCGAAUGCAGCGGCAUGACUGGUCUUCAACGAAACCCAAAAGACCCCAUGUUACACCUCUCUUUAUCUCCUUGCGAUGGCUACCAGUUGCGCCUUGCAUCAAGUUCAAGACAUUGAUGCUUGCAUAUAGAACAGCGACAGGCUCAGCACCCGCCUACUUCCACUCACUUUUACAAAUCUAAAUCUAAUAAAGUUUGAGAUCCGUUACCAUCACAGAGAGGCUCAAAAUCACUUUCCAGAACAUUCUCGUUCACCAUUCCUGGCUGGUGGAAUUAUCUUCCCAUCCCUAUCUGGAAUGUUGAAUCCCUGACAAUUUUCAAGCAACAGCUGAAAACUCAUCUUAUUCGAAACUACUUGGCUUCAUCGUAAAAAAAAAAAAGAUAAUAAUUAUUUAUUCAUUCUUUUUCUAGCUUGUAUUAAUUUGAACAAUGUCUAAAAUUUGGUAUUACAAGCACUUCCUGUGUCUGUUUGCCUCUUCUGAGGAAUUAUUUUAUGUAUCCCCCAAUUGUAAGUUACUUUGGAUAAAAGUGUCUAAUGGAAAAACACAGGCACAAUUGCUUUUGUGUGACAACUAUUCUUUUGAGUCUUCUUAUAUCACCAAAACCUUGAUAGCAACAAUCCAAAAUGAAUCAGAGUUAGUGUGUAGAUUGUUUUGUCCGGUUUUUCAGCAUAUUGAUUGGCUCUGCAGAAAGCACGGACAUAAUAAGGAAUGCAUGAUGGGAAAUGGUGAUAGAAGAAACCCCAUGAGGAGCAGAGGACAGACAUGUUCUGAGGUAAUUGUCUGUGUGAGGGCACAGCAGUGAAAGAGAUCCUAUUGCUUACAAAGAAGCCUUUAUGUUUAAAUUUGUAAUCACUUUUACAAUAAGGUCCAAUUAGCUAUGCCUAAUGUUAGUUUGUGUUAACGGGCAUGGUUAACAAAUGGAACCUUAUUGUAAAGUGUAUUUUCCUUCUUUUUAGCAAAUUAGCUUGGGAACCAAAGCAGGGUUAAAGGUUAAAAUGCACCAAUAGAUGUAAUCAGUUACAAUGCAAAUAGUUUUACAUCAUGCUGUCUGCGACUGAGGCAAUAGUUCAGUCAUUUUACCCUGAAUAAGCACACUUUUAGUGACUUUCUCCAUGAUUACCACAGUUGUGGCAAGCUGUGAUGUGACGUCUAACUUGUUUUGACAGAUGGCCUGUCUGGUGUGGGGACCUGUGUCUUGGGGGCUUUGGGGAUAGAUGAGGUUCUGGUCUGUAGCAGAGGAGGGAGAAGAAAGAAAAAGACAGAUAUCCAGCCUAGCCCAGCUGGGUCUGUGAUUCUGCUUAAAAGUUUCCACAUCUUUGACACCCCGAGCCACCACUCGAAAUGGAGCUAUUGUAUUGUUUAGUCACAAGAUAUCUUUAUAAUGAGCUUAUGUCUGUGCAAAUUCAUUUUCUAAUUGAUUUGCAUAUUUCAAUGUUUACAUUCUUAAUGCUCAAUUUAUUGGUGCAUGUUGUUUCAAAAAUGCUUUAACUCUAUUGGAUAAAAUAAAGCUCUGUCCAAUACUCA